AUGAUAUUUAUUGUGGAGGUGGAUGAGCAACUUAUAGACACAAGUGUAUAUCUAGACGAUUCUCUAGAGAAAACACUCAGGUUGUUCGAUAUCUUUGAGAUAGAUGACGAGGUUGAGGAGAUAAUGCAUAUACUAGAUGCAUCUUGUGUCUACAUACAGGGAUUAAACACCUUUGAGCCCCUAAAUAGGCCAAGUGGGCCUCUACGAAAGCCGUCUAUUGAAGAGGCUCCAAAAUUGGAACUUAAUCCCUUGCCCCCUCACCUUCAAUAUGCUUAUUUGGGUGGUUCUGACACUCUACCUAUUAUUGUUUCCUCUGACUUGUCUAAAUUGCAAGAAGAAAAGCUAUUAAGAGUGCUACGUGAGCACAAGCGAGAAGUGUUUAAGUGGCUUGAUGCAUUGCUUGGUUGGUGUAAAGAGACACACUUGGUGCUAAACUGGAAAAAGUAUCAUUUCAUGGUUCGAGAAGGUAUAGUCUUGGGGCACAAGAUAUCCAAAAAUGGUCUACGGGUGGACAAGGCAAAGGUGGAGGCGACUGAAAAAUUGCCCCCACCAAAAUCCAUUAAGGGAAUUCGCAGUUUCUUGGGCCAUGCAGUUUUUUAUCGUUGUUUCAAUAAUGAUUUUUUAAACAUUUCUUCUCCUUUGUGCAUGCUUCUUGAGAAAGAUAUCAAUUCAAAUUUGAUGAUGCUUGUCUGA